AUGUCUAAACGCAAACACCAAGGAGAUGAGGACGCUUUUGCCCGUCCGUCGAAGAGGCUUUGUACCAUGCAGGGUUUUACGAGCGCAAAUGACCAAGACACGACCGUCAUGCACGAGCGACACUAUGGUAACGACUUGUUGGAGCUAGUCGACAUGCACGAAAAAGUCUGUCGCACAUUGGGCGAAAAGGUGGACGCUUUGUACGUCGAGGCGACUAGUAAAUAUCGCAACGCGAUGGAGUGUCUCGCGUUCUCUAGAAGGACGCUCGAAGAGUACCAAGCAAUGGUCGAAUCUGUACGAUACUAUAGAGAAAGAACCGAACAACUGUCCUUGCUAUGUCAAAGCCCACCUGCAGAGGUCCAGCAGCUUGACGCCUCACUGAGAUACGCAGGUGGUCUUCUAGCCCCGGAACCUCAACAAGACGCUCAUAUAAUCUUGCUCGGCUCUCUCAAACUAUUAGCGAUGGCAGACAAGCCAGCAUUAGACUCGAUUGAGUCGGCGUGUGCUUCUGCCGCUGGCCUGCUCUUUACGAUCCAGGCGGUGCCGGGCCUGGAGGGUUCUGCCCUCGACUAUCAACUUCGGAACACUAUGCUCCUGUGUAAUACCGCUCAACGAUAUUCUGGAUUGUUGCGCUUAGGAAGCUCGGACUACUCGAAGCGAAUAGUCAAAAUUGUCAAGCACCUCGGGGACUACUCUCAAGAUGUGAAGAAUGAAAUUGAGCUGGCAUGGCGCGCUGAUUUCCACCAGUGGGACGCCUUGGAAAUACAUGGAAAGGAUUUACCCGCCGUUGUGAACCAAUUUCAGAUGCAUACAUCAAGCAUAUUCAUAGGGGUUGUGACAGAAGCAAUGAUUCAAGAUUUACUGAAGCUUUCUCCAAAUGCGUUGGAAGAAUUCCAAGAAAUCGUGACGGAUACAGAGAAAGCUUUAGGUGCUGAUAUAAAGUCUUCAAGUGAGAAGAUGUCACAAUUCUUGCGGCGAAACUUUGGACUGUCCGCGACCGACGACGCACGCGACGAGGAAGUUAUUGGCACCAACUGA